GUCCCAGGCGGCCUCCCCAGCUGCGCCAUGGCCACCCCAGACGUGAGCGUGCACAUGGAGGAGGUGGUGGUCGUGACAACCCCGGAUACCGCGGUUGAUGGCAGUGGCGUGGAGGGGGUGAAGACGGUGCUGGUGACGACCAACUUGGCUCCUCACGGGGGCGACCUGGCCGAAGACAGCAUGGAGACGGAAAACGCAGCCGCCGCCGCGGCCGCCGCCUUCACAGCCUCCUCACAGCUCAAGGAAGCCGUGUUAGAAGUGAAGAUGGCUGAAGAGGGGGAGAACCUGGAGGCUGAGAUCGUGUACCCCAUCACCUGCGGGGACAGCAGAGCCAACCUCAUCUGGAGAAAGUUUGUGUGUCCUGGUAUCAACGUGAAGUGCGUGCAGUACGACGAGCAUGUGAUCAGCCCGAAGGAAUUCGUGCACCUGGCAGGGAAGUCCACCCUGAAGGACUGGAAGAGAGCCAUCCGCAUGAAUGGCAUCAUGCUCAGGAAGAUCAUGGACUCCGGGGAGCUGGACUUCUACCAGCAUGACAAGGUCUGCUCCAAUACCUGCCGCAGCACCAAGAUCGACCUCUCGGGAGCCCGGGUGUCCCUGAGCAGCCCGGCAUCUGCCGAGUACAUCCCGCUCACGCCUGCUGCGGCCGACGCGAACGGGUCUCCUGCGACCAUCACCAUAGAGACGUGUGAGGACCCUGGCGACUGGACGGCAGCCAUUGGAGAUGACACGUUUUCCUUCUGGCGGGGUCUGAAGGACGCUGGGCUGCUGGACGAGGUCGUGCAGGAGUUCCACCAGGAGCUGACGGAGACCAUGAAGGGCCUCCAGCGGCGGGUACAGGACCCCCCCCUGCAGCUCCGAGACGCCGUGCUGCUCAACAACAUCGUGCAGAACUUCGGCAUGCUGGACCUGGUGAAGAAGGUGCUGGCCAGCCACAAGUGCCAGAUGGACCGCUCGCGGGAGCAGUACGCCCGGGACCUAGCAGCCCUGGAGCAGCAGUGUGACGAGCACCGUCGGCGCGCCAAGGAGCUCAAGCACAAGUCACAGCACCUCAGCAACGUGCUCAUGACGCUGACACCUGUGUCCCUUCCACCCCCAGUGAAGCGGCCCCGGCUGGCACGGGCCACGUCAGGACCAGCUGCCGUGGCCUCGCAGGUGCUCACCCAGCCCGCCCAGAUUGCGCUCGGCCCGGGCGUGCCCGUCUCCCCGAUCACCAGCGUGCCACUCGGCAAAGUGGUGUCCACCCUGCCCUCCACGGUCCUGGGCAAGGGCUCCCCUCAGGCCGCUCCUGUCAGCUCACCGGCCUCCCCGCUGCUCGGGGGCUACACGGUCCUGGCCUCCUCGGGCUCCACCUUCCCCAGCGCCGUGGAGAUUCACCCGGACGCAUCCAGCCUCACGGUCCUGAGCACGGCCGCCGUGCAGGACGGCAGCACGGUGUUCAAGGUGGUCAGCCCACUGCAGCUGCUCACCCUGCCAGGCCUGGGCCCCGCCUUGCAGAGCGUGGCCCAGGCGUCGCCUGGGGGUGGCACGAUUGUGACAGUGCCUGCAGGGGCCGCCCCGGGGCCCGAGGAGCACACGGCCACCAUCGAGGUGGCCAGCGUGGCAGAGGACCACGAGCAGAAGUAGCUGGCGGGAGGCGAGGCCCCUGGGGCGGACAGGACUGGCUGCCUCUCCGCAGCCACAGCCGGAGCACAGCGCGAGGCCGCGGGGCUGCCUUGGGCGGGCGGGUCACGUGGGCUGCUGAACCAAAGAGAGGAAUCGCCAAAACGAAUCACGAGAAGAGAGAAAGGGACGAUGGUAGCAACCUGGGAAAUCGGUCUUCAAGUUCCAGACUUCCUCCCACUUUUUUCUUGGGAAAUAUAUUUUUCCAUCUGUUGCUUAUUAAUACUGUUUACACGUUGGGCCGUGGUCAGGAGCCAGGUGGACGAGGACAGGAGGCGGCCUGGGUGCUGCGGGUGCAGGGAGCAGAGCUGGGCGCCUGCACCUGCCGGCACCGUCACUGCACGUGUCUUGGGAACCUCGCCCAAGUGUGGAAACCCGUGGAUCCUAUGGAUUUGGUUUCUUCCCACAGUUCUCUGUAGGGUUAGUGUGGCUCGCGCUGUCCUGCCUACGUGGGAGCCUCGCCGGUGUCACGGUGCAGGUCCCGGGCGGGCUCCGACCUCCCCGCCCCGGCAGGUGCUCGGUGGCUGAGGGCCGCACAGACUAGGCGUGGUCCGGGCGCCGUCGCACGUGUGCUGCAGGUGUUUUUAGGUGAAUUGCUUAGUAGGCUUCUAGGAAGAGUCAAAUUUAUAGCGUUUUCAACCAAAACGAUGCUGAGUGCCUAGGCUUCCCAGGUCGGCUCUGGGGCUGGGCCCAGGGUCUGUGUGUUCACCUCCCCAGGUGCGGAGUCCUAGGUGGCGCCCCUGCCCGAGACGGCCCCUGCUACGUCCGAGAUCCGUGGGUGUGUGUCCCCAGGGCUCGGGUCCUGGGGGGAGUAGCAGGAGAGGCGCCGUGGAGGGUUUGUGGGGGGUUGCCCCUCCGGCUCUGGGGAGGUUCAGUGUGGCCCCUGCGUGCAGCCUGCUGGUGGGGCCACCGUGACAGCCCCCAGUACCCAGGCCCCCUGGGAGUCCCCUGGCCGAUAGCCCGUGUCCUGGUCAAGGGAGAGCCCAGGGCAUUUAAGGGGGGCUGUCCAGGGCAGGCUGGUUGGGGCCGGCUGGGGAAGGUGCAGCCCAGACACGCCGUGCGGGGCUGUCCGCGGGCUGCCUGCAGUCUGGUCUCACGAGGAAAACCUUGCAGGGGCCGCCCUCCAGGCCACGGCCUCUGGGGCCUGAUGUCUCAGGGGGCAGCAAGCCCAGGCCUCCUGCUGUUGCUGGCAGGUGUGUUCUGGAGUAGUCCUGGGCACCGGCAGUGGGAGGGAGCCCGGUCCCACCUGGUGGCUCUGGAGGGAACUGGCUGCCCACUCGUCCGUCCAUGGAGCGCCCUGGGCCCCACCUUGGCGCUGUUGUGACGGGCCCGUCCUGCCCCCCACCCCUCGUCAAGCUACUGAGUUUCUUUAUUUUCUUUCUGUUACAUUUCUGUUGGCUGUUGCCACGAGUCAGCUGGUUUCUGCACAAUGUUUACGUGUUUGUGUACAUACUCCUUCUUAGACCCAUUUUCCCUCGAGUGCGAGUCCCGUCACGUGCGUCAGCGGCGCCCUGUGCCCACCCACCAGCUCGGCCGCGUGACGGACGCAGCUCUCUGGCCUGAGAGCCGGCACCUUCUGGCGGCUUCCCUCUGCCCGGGUCGCACGUGCGUCCGCCCUCCCAGCCGCUUGCUCAGUCGAACUUGAAGGGCUUGUGGGUCAGUUCUUUCUUUCCGUUGAAGAGCAAGGGGGGACCUGUUCUGCCCCCCAGCCCCCAGCCUGUGGGGCACCUGGAGGAUGAGGUUGACUCCAGAGCCUCGCAGGGAUACGGCGCAGCCAGCUUCAAAUUGACCCCAGCCGCCCGCUCCCCCGGGCCGGGGGGCCUUUCCGUGCUCCCGUGAAGCCGCUCGCAGACGCCUGUUGCUCUCGAGGCUGCUCCUGGCAGGGGCUCCGAGCCCCAGCUGGGGAAGGGCCCAUCCUCAGGGCCACCACAUGCGCUGCGGGGAGGAGGAGGUUGGCGCCGCCCCCGUGCCCAGCGCAUGCCCCUGCGCCCUGCAGGUUCCCGGGACCUCCUGGUCCUGCCCCUCAGGGUCUGACCAGGACCUAGAAGGGAAGAGCC